AUGCCCAGGGAUGAAGCUCAAGAUCUGCUCCUGGUUGACCAGAAUGGAAUUAAUAGGCUGGAAUCUCAGUCCUUACUUCCAGGGUCUCCCAGUGAGGAGCGCGACGCGGUAACCCCUUUUGAUACAGCUCCCCAUUCCCCGGCCUCUUUUCCCAUCCUGUCCGAUGAAACACAGCACCAGCGGCAAUCCUCGUUCGCUCAACCAGUGGCUGACGGCCAACGGCGGACUCCUCGCACCUUGAAUCGCGUUAGAUUUGACCUUGAAGACGACACGGAAGACGAGCAUCGAUCGAAUGGCUAUCCUCGACACUCGGAAGACUCGUGGCUAGAGGAGGAAGACUACGCCCGCGGGGACAAUACUCGGUCAGGAAGGAGUGCCACAGGGCAGACGGUCCCUCUUCUGACAGAUAUAGAAGCCCCGAGUGUCACUCUCGCAACGUCCGAAGACUUCUUUCCCGAGGAGCACCUUGAGAAUGCUAGGCCGAGAAGUGGAAUGCGAAUGGCCUUUAUGAAUAUGGCGAACAGUAUCAUAGGAGCUGGUAUCAUCGGACAGCCUUAUGCACUACGGCAGGCAGGAAUGCUGAUGGGCAUAACACUCUUGGUUGUGCUUACAGUCGCAGUGGACUGGACCAUUCGAUUGAUAGUGAUCAACUCCAAAUUGAGCGGCGCGGAUUCAUACCAGGCUACCAUGCAACACUGUUUCGGGAAAAGUGGCCUCAUUGCUAUAUCCAUUGCUCAAUGGGCCUUUGCGUUCGGCGGGAUGAUCGCAUUCUGUAUUAUUGUUGGCGACACCAUACCGCAUGUACUCAGCUCAUUGUUCCCUUCACUCCGAGAUAUGUCGUUUCUCUGGCUUCUUACCGACAGACGAGCAGUAAUAGUCCUUCUUACCCUGGGGAUUUCUUACCCAUUGUCUCUAUAUCGGGAUAUAGCCAAGCUGGCCAAAGCGUCUACUUUAGCGCUACUGAGUAUGGUGAUCAUUCUAGUCGCUGUGCUAACGCAGGGUUUUCGUGUUCCCUCGGAAUCUCGGGGGGAGGUGAAAAGUCUGUUGUUUGUUAACUCCGGCUUCUUCCAGGCUGUUGGAGUAAUAUCUUUCGACCACAACAGCCUCCUCAUAUAUGGCUCUCUGAAGAAGCCAACUUUGGAUCGCUUUGCGAGGGUGACCCAUUACUCCACCGGAGUUUCACUCACGAUGUGCCUGAUUAUGGGCAUCUCGGGCUUUCUUUUCUUCGGUUCCCAAACUCAAGGAAACGUGCUCAACAACUUCCCAUCUGAUAAUAUCAUGGUCAAUAUAGCACGAUUCUGCCUUGGCUUGAACAUGCUCACGACUUUGCCAUUGGAGGCUUUUGUCUGCCGUGAAGUCAUGACAACUUAUUACUUUUCGGAUGAGCCAUUCAAUAUGAAUCGGCACAUAAUUUUCACGUCGGCGCUGGUUGUGUCAGCCAUGACCAUGGCUUUGAUUACCUGCGACCUUGGAGCGGUAUUCGAACUCAUCGGGGCAACAAGUGCCGCCGCUCUUGCAUACAUCUUUCCUCCUCUGUGUUAUAUUAAGCUAAGCAAUGCCUCUCGGAAGGCUAAGAUUCCCGCAUAUUUGUGCAUUGUCUUUGGGAUAACUGUCAUGGGGGUUAGCCUACUGCAGGCAAUUGCACAAAUGAUCAGGAGUAAGUGUUGA